AAACUGGUGCUGGCUACGGUGACGACCUGGCCCGGGGCAGGCAGAGUUGGAGGUGGUGGAGUUCGCUUUCCCUAGGGGCUGUCGGGAGCUCUCGGGGUGGGGGACUGAGCCUGGAAGGCCGGCCGGUGCCAGCACCUUUGGGCUUGCGGGACGGCGGUGGCUGCAGCGUCGUUCAGGUUAUAAAUGGCUUCUAAGAAGUUGGGUGCAGAUAGUCAUGGGACUUUCAGUUACCUUGAUGAUGUCCCAUUUAAGAUAGGAGACAAAUUCAAAACACCAGCUAAAGUUGGUCUACCUAUUGGCUUCUCCUUGCCUGAUUGUUUGCAGGUUGUCAGAGAAGUACAGUAUGACUUCUCCUUGGAAAAGAAGACCAUCGAGUGGGCCGAGGACGUUAGGAAGAUCCAGGACGCCCAGCGGGAAGCAGAACGCAAGGCUGAGGAGGCGGAAGCUAAAGUCAAUUCCAAGAGUGGCCCAGAGGGCGAUAACAAAAUGAGCUUCUCCAAGACUCAAAGUAUAGCCACAAUGCCACCUCCUAUUAACCCCAUCCUUGCCAGCCUGCAGCACAACAGCAUCCUCACUCCAACCCGGGUCAGCAGUAGUGCCACGAAGCAAAAAGCCCUCAGCCCCCCACACACAAAGGCAGAUUUCAAUCCUGCCGACUUUGAGUGUGAAGAGGACCCAUUUGAUAAUCUGGAGUUAAAAACCAUUGAUGAGAAAGAAGAGCUGAGAAACAUUCUAGUAGGAGCCACGGGACCCAUUAUGGCUCAGUUAUUGGACAGUAACUUGCCCAGAGGUGGCUCCGGGUCCGUGUUACAGGAUGAGGAGGUCCUGGCAUCCUUGGAGCGGGCAACCCUAGAUUUCAAGCCUCUUCACAAACCCAAUGGCUUUAUAACCUUACCACAGUUGGGCAACUGUGAAAAGAUGUCGCUGUCUUCCAAAGUGUCCCUCCCCCCGAUUCCUGCAGUAAGCAAUAUCAAAUCCCUAUCCUUCCCCAAACUUGACUCUGAUGACAGCAAUCAGAAGACAGCCAAACUGGCAAGCACUUUCCACAGCACAUCCUGCCUCCGCAGUGGCACGCUCCUCAACUCCUUCAAGCCUUCCACCCAAAGCAGUGCCAGUGAGCUCAAUGGGCAUCAUACCCUUGGGCUUUCAGCUUUGAACUUGGACAGUGGCACCGAGGUGCCCACCCUUGCACCCUCCCAGACGCCUUCCCACUCAGUCUUGUCUGUGUGCACAGAAGAGUCAUCACCUCCACAGGCAGGCUCCGCGGUCGCCCCUCCUAAUUUCUCAAUGUCACAAGUGCCCAGCUGCCCCCAGGCCUACUCUGAGCUGCAGACAUUGUCCCCCAGUGAGCGGCAAUGUGUGGAGACAGUGGUCAACAUGGGUUAUUCCUACGAGUGUGUCCUGAGAGCUAUGAAGAAGAAAGGAGAGAAUAUUGAGCAGAUUCUCGACUAUCUCUUUGCACAUGGACAACUUUGUGAGAAGGGCUUCGACCCUCUGUUGGUGGAAGAGGCUUUGGAAAUGCACCAGUGUUCAGAAGAAAAGAUGAUGGAGUUUCUUCAGUUAAUGAGCAAAUUUAAGGAAAUGGGCUUUGAACUGAAGGACAUUAAGGAAGCGUUGGUAUUACACAACAAUGACCAGGACAAUGCUUUGGAAGACCUCAUGGCCCGGGCAGGAGCCAGCUGAGACUUGGCCCUGCCACGGAACCAGCACCCCCAGGAAACCCUGCAGAGCCCACCUGUGGGAAGGCGAAGGGGCACAAACUGCUGAAUUUUCCUUUGGGCUUAGCGCGUCAGGUGUGGAGACUGUGCUUGACAGUGUCCGAGUAGGGCCUGAGCUGGAGAGAAAGGGCAGGAAUGGGUGUGUGAGCGCUCCUAGAACUGGCCUGGCUCCUUCUAUCUUACAUGUAUUUAUAUUUUGAGAAGUGUCCUUCCCCCCUUGGCCCUCCAGAAAGUCUACCUUUGUCUUUUCUGGGGUUUUCUGUGGUUAGCCCUGGCCUGGCUGCCAAGAGGCGUCCAGGAGAAGGGGUGAGAGGGCCAAACUCAGUGCUGCUCUGGGAUUAGAUCUGCCCUGUCCCCACAGUGGUGGACUGAACUCUAAUCCGUGUUGAGUGCAAGUGAAAUGUUCCUCUGGAGUUUCCUUUCCCCCUCACCGAGGUCUCUUAGUGUUACACUGGUUCUGCGAUGUCUGAGGUGUGAAGGAUGCGCUUUUCUCCAGGGGCCCCGAGUUGAAAGCAUCCCCAGCCGGCAGUUGCUGGAUGGGUACCAUGCUGGUGUGGUUGGGCCAGUCUCUGCUGCCCAAGGCUGUAGAGCCCCCAUUGUGGGAAGCAGCCAUCAGUUUGAUCCUUGGCCCCUUUCCUGCACAUUCGGUGGGUGGGACAGCAGGCCAUGGUGGGAUUGCCCAAUACUAACUGCACUUCCGUUCUCCCUGGACAGCAUCUCCCUGCGGCCCACUGCUUUAGAAUGACACAAUUAGUAACACCUAGUCAUAAAAAUCAGUCUCUUUGGUUUGUUUUGUAUUAUGUUGAACAUCAUUAAAAACCUAAAUACAAAGAAUAUACAGUCUUGAAUCUAAAAUAAUUUGCUAACUAUUUUGAUUCUUCAGAAGAGUACUACUAAUAAAAAUCUAAAAGGUU